AUGUCUGUUCCAAGCCAACACUGUUCUAUUAUUAUUAACCCUCCUCCACCAGAAUAUAUAAAUAACAAAAAUAGUGGCUGUCAAACAAACCAACUUCAGUACUUACAAAGGGUGGUCAUGAAAGCCAUGUGGAGACACAACUUUUCCUGGCCAUUUCAUCAGCCUGUAGAUGCAGCAGCACUGAAUCUUCCUGAUUAUUACAGUAUUAUAAAGAAACCUAUGGACUUGAGCACCAUUAAAAAGCGUCUGGAACACAAUUACUACACAAAAGCUGUGGAAUGCAUUGAAGACUUUAAAACAAUGUUCUUGAACUGCUACAUAUAUAACAAGCCUGGUGAUGACAUUGUGUUUAUGGCCCAAGAACUAGAAAAAGUGUUUAUGCAGAAAAUAGCCCAAAUGCCACCAGAAGAAAGACUAGUGAUUCUCAACAAAGGAAAGCGAAAAGGAAAGAAGCCAGAAGAAACACAGCAGCCCAACCCUGGGACUUCAAAUGAACAAAGCACAGCGCAGAAACAAGCUGAAAGCAGUGAGCAGCCUCCAGUGAUGACUCAAGAGCUACAUCAGGUUACACUAGCUCCUUUGUCUGCAGCUCAGCUGACUGCUUUAAUGCCAGCUGCAGUCCCUAUAACAAAAGCAAAAAAAGGUGUGAAAAGGAAGGCUGACACUACAACUCCUACUACUUCAAUAUUCACAGCAAGCGGUGAAUCUUCUGCAACAUUUAAUGAAAGAAAAGCUGUUAAAGCAUGCAGAGGUGAAAAUGAACGUAUGAUACCAAAUAAGCUUCUGAAGACAUACUUGCCAGAUUCUCAACAGUCACCUGGAAUUCUUAAAAAGACUCAGUUGUCAGAACAAAUGAAACAUUGUAAUGAAAUACUUAAAGAAAUGUUUUCAAAGAAACAUGCAGCAUAUGCGUGGCCUUUCUUAAAACCUGUAAAUGUUGCAUCUUUCUCACUCAGUGAGAACCAAGGGAUUCCAAAAUGUCCUGCAAACCUGGGAGCCAUUAAAAAGAAAAUGGAUAAUUUUGAAUAUAGAGAUAUACAAGAAUUUGCUACGGAUGUUAGAUUAAUGUUCAUGAGCUGCUACAAACAUAAUUCUCCAGACCGUGAAAUAGUUGCUAUGGCAAGAAAACUUCAGGAUGUUUUUGAGAUGCACUUUGCCAAAAUUCCUGAUGAACCUGUUGCUAGCGUUCCUCUGACGCAGCCUACAAGAGAAAUGAUGGAAGCUUAUUCCAGUGAGAGCAGUAAUGAUGACUCUUCAGAAGAAAAAUCAUCUGAAGACUCUGAGCAGGAGAGAACAGUGCGCCUUGCAAAGCUUCAGGAGCAACUUAAAGCUGUUCACCAGCAGUUGCGGGCUUUGACCAGAGCAUACUUACCUAAACUGAAAAAGAAAAAAGGGAAGGCUAAAAGGGAGAAAAGCAAGAACAAAGAAAAAAACAAAAUAAAAAGCCAGAUUCAAAAGAAGAAAAAUCUAAAACACAAGAAGAAAUCUAAGAAAAAGCUGUCUUUGAACAUUCAAUCAAAGAAAACCAUGCAGCAGGUCUUGUUGGCACAUAAGUCAGAAGAUGAAGAUGGUGCCAAGCCUAUGAAUUACGAUGAAAAAAGACAGUUGAGUUUGGACAUAAAUAAACUCCCUGGAGAUAAGCUUGGGAAAGUAGUCCAUAUAAUACAGUCAAGAGAACCUUCACUGAGAAACUCUAACCCUGAUGAGAUAGAAAUAGACUUUGAAACUUUAAAGGCUUCAACACUCAGAGAACUAGAGAAAUACGUGGCAACCUGUUUGAGGAAGAGACCAAGAAAGCAGCGGGCUAAAAAACCAACAAAGUCAAAAGAACAACUUAAUUCUGAGAGGAAAGAAGAGCUAGAGAAGAGGCUACUGGAUGUCAAUGGUCAACUAAACCCCAAAAAGGAGACCCUCAAGAUUGAAAACAACGUUGAGUCCAGUAUUGGACCAAGCAGACUGAGCGACAGCAGCAGCUCCUCAGACUCUGGCAGCAGUACUAGCAGUGGUUCAAGCUCCUCAGAUAGCAGCGACUCUGAAUCGGGUACAAUCUCAGCUGUAUCUGCUCUGCAUGAUGCUCCAGACCAGCAAACUCCUCAGAGUACUCCGAGGACAAAACAGUCUUCUGUCACCCUGUGCACACAUGCUCUUCCAGAGGUAUCCAACACAACCUCCCAGGUGGACAGUGCUGAUUGGAGCAAACAAGCUGAGAAAACAAUACAUCUAGACAAAUCAAAUACACUUCAAAACAAGGCCAGUGAGAGAACUGCUGAUUCAAUAUCCAUAAGUCAAGAACAAAGUCAUUGUACACCUAAUGCUACACCUAAUGGUAAAAACAUGCUAGAGCCAAAAUCUAAAAUUCUUCCAAGAAAGGAUACAGGAUUUAAGAAUAUAGAUUCCUGGGUAAGCUUAUGUAAAACGAUGAUGCUUCCAGCUCCGAUAAAAACAUCCGCUGAGAGCUUCAAACAGUUCAGGAAAGCAGCAUUAAAGAGGAGGAGUGAGCAAGCCCAGGAGUUAAAAAGGGGCAAUGAAGGCACAGGGUUGGAUGCCAUGACAGCGACAGACUCUGAGCCCCAAAAAGAGCAAAAGAUCAAACAACUGCCCGAAGCUCAACAACACGCUCUUGUUCAAGACCGUAACUUGGCUAGAAAAAUUGAACAAGAACGCAGGAGGAGAGAAGCAAUGGCUUGUACAAUUGAUAUGAAUCUGCAGAGUGAUAUUAUGGCAUCUUUUGAAGAAUAUCUUGAGUGA